CUUUCUAAUUAGUCUCAUCUGCUAACACUCCGUGACCUCGGCUACCAGCAGCCAGCAACCUUGAAGUUGAAAUAUAGAUGUAUUGUAUUUUUUAGUUCGGUUUUGAGAUGUCUUGAAAAUUAUUCGAUGAAAUAAAUACUUAAUUUGUUACUAGAAAGGAAUGAGUUUGGAAGAAGAAACAGUGUGGGUUGUUAACGAGUGUUAAAUCACGAGAGACAGUCGUUGUGGAUCAUAGUACAAUGUACACGAUUUUCAAAACUGGCAUAAUCUUGUGUCUUGUAAUAACUUGCGGGUGCAAUGGAGAUAAAAGUGAAACAGAAACAGUUCCAGAAGCUCGACAAGAACGAACUCUUAAGCCAUCAUUCUCAAGUGCCAAUCUUUUAAGGUCUGGAAGUUCCCAAUCUGUAGUGAAUGAAGCUGUUCAUCAUGUAACACCCAGUUUUGAAGCUGCAAUAGGAGAAGGUUGCAAUGAUGAUGUAGCUUGCUUGACCCUUGCAUCUCAUGACAGAAUUGGUUUGGAAGCUAUUCGUUCACUUCACAGACAACUAGAUGAUGAUGCUAAUGGGAAUGUGGAUCUCUCUGAAUCAGAUGAGUUUUUACGACAAGAAUUGCAGUAUGAAGAUGGAUAUGAACGUAGACAGCGAGUCUUCCAUCGAAAUGAUGAUAACCAUAUUUCUGUGCGUGAAUUAUGGGAAGCAUGGAUACGCUCUGAGGUUCACAACUGGACUGUCGAGCAGACAUCGGAUUGGCUGUGUGCAAGUGUGGAAUUACCACAGUAUGCAGAAAAUUUCAAACUUCAUAAAGUUACAGGAGCCAUGCUUCCAAGGCUUGCAGUAAACAAUAUGCAUUACUUAAGUAAUGUCCUUGGUAUUAAAGAUCCCAUUCAUAAGCAGAAAAUUGCUUUGAAAGCCAUGGAUGUUGUUUUAUUUGGAUCACCAAAAGACUUAGAAGCGUACCAUCAUAAGAAAGACAUGAUCCUCGUAAACCUGUUAUUGGUGGCUCUCGUCGGGCUGUGGUACGCGCGCCGGCAGACGAAUAGUUCCAAAGACGAUUUGCGCCGCAUGAUGAAAGACAUGGAGAGCUUGCAGCGAGCGAAACAGACCCUGGACCAGUUGCAGAAAGAAUUGGAAAAAGCAAGAAUGGAGCAAGAAUUUGUCACAACUGAAAAACAGAAUCUUGAGAGGCUUCUGGAGCAAGGAGGAGAUAAUAUGGAACUGAGAACAUCAUCUUCUGAUCUUGAAGUGUCCCAACUCAAAGCAGAAAUAGAAAUGCUUCGUGGUGAAUUGAAGAGAGCUGAAGGAGAACUUGAAGAUAGAUGCUGGUCUCCUCCUGUUGGCCUUCAACAGUGGUUACAAUUAACACAUGAAAUAGAAAACAAAGGAUACAUUAAAAAGAAAAUGGCAGCUGAAAAGCAACUCCAGCAAGCACGGGAAGCUUGUGAAAAAUUGAGGAAGAAGAGAUCAAGUUUAGUGGGAGCAUUUGUAUCAACUCAUGGAAAAUCUAUUGAUGAUGUUGACCGAAUUACUCAAGAACUUCAGGAAAGAGUACAUCGGUGGAAGCAGAUAGAAUUACUUUGUGGUUUUAACAUUAUUAACAAUAGUGGUCUACAGUAUUUGGAAAGUGUUCUGUACAGAGGAACUGCCAAUGGAAGGGGUGGAAGCAGCAUGGGACUCAGAGGACGGAUGAGCAGCAGUCAAGAUGACUUAGAUGAUGAUACUAGUUCUCUCUACUCUCCGUCAGCGGGUUGUCUAGAGAGUUUCCAAUGGAAAGAAGGUGCAGAUUCAUCAGGCAGCGAAGCUGGCAAGGGAGAAUUAGAUGAUGAUUUCCAAACAGACUCAAGAAGCUUAACCAGCAAUGUGCAUUUUAUUGUGGGAAGCGAUAGUUGGUCUGAAGAAAUGGGCAAAACCCGAAUGUCUCGAUCCUUUAGUCAAGAUCCUUCAUUAAUUCUUGGAGAAAGAGAAUCAUCUCCACCAAAUAUGUCUCUAUCUGAGACAUGUUUAGAUGGUAAACAACAAACAACUCCAAGGAUAACUCCUUUGAAGAAGUCAUCCCGAGAUUUCAGUUCAAGAGAGUAUGUAUCAAAAGACUCAAGAGAACACGGAUUUAGAGAUUCAUCGAGGGACCAUGGAUCUCGAGAAUCAUCCUCCAGAGAUCAUAGCUCUCGUGAGUCUUCGGCCAAAGAUCAUGGUUCCAGGGAAUCAUCAUACAAAGAUCAUGGCUCUCGAGAGUCUUCAGGCAAAGAUCAUGCAUCACGAGAAUCUACUUCAAGGGAUCAUGGGUCUCGAGAAAUGUCUUCUAGAGAGCAUGUACCAGGAGGUCACACAACUAAAGAACACUUAUUAAGGGAACCUGGUAAAGAUCAUGUUAUUAGAGAAAUUUCACCUAGGGACUUGGCUUCUCAAGACCGUGCAGUGAGAGAGCUUGCUAUUGUGCCUUAUGAAAGGUCAUCUAAGGAGCAUGUACUACGUGACCCUAUGUUAAGAGAGGGAAUUGCAGCAUCAAGAGAUCAAGCUGUUUCUAAACCAGAGCAAAUGGUAUCAUUGGAUGAUGAAACGUAUUCUACCGAUUCAAACUCAACUACUGAAGAGGACCUUCGACGAAAGAAGCGUAAACUCUUUCCUACCUUCAAUCGAAAACAUAAGACAAAAACUUCCUGAUGUUUUGGAAAUUUUAUUAGAAAUCAGAUUGUUUUCUUUUCAUGUUGGGAUACAAAUAAGUGUAUCUUUUACAUUGGAAUUACUUUUCUAGUUUGUGUUGUGGUUUUUUUCCAGUUACCAUUUUCUCACAAAUCAAUGAAAAGAUGGGUAGGUUGGAAAAGAAAGCAAUUGUUGAGAUGGAACAAAUGAGUGCUGAAAACAUCUCCAUCUUUAUUGAUAAAAUGUGGAGUUAAAAGUGUUCUUAUUGGCAACACCAGAUAGUUAGAUAAUGGUAAGACAAAGGAACUAGCUAAGAUAAUGGGUGAGGCUUUGUGGUACUUAGAGUAAGAUUAGUUGUAUUGGAAUACCUGCAAGGAAUGCUAUGCUUUCAAAUCAAGACAGUAAUUGUGCAGAUGAAUGGGCUUCCAUUUCUCUUGUUUUUUAGUAAAUGGUAUGAAACAUUGAAUGUGUUGGCAAUAUAGCCAGGGAAAUACAUGACACUCUUUUCAUAAUUUCCAGGAAACAUCAGAACUUAUGAAGAAUGGCGCACUUUAGUUUUGUAGUUUAACAAGUUUUGUAUUCCAUGUUUUAUUCUUUCCUCUUCUUCCUCUUCACAUCCUAGAAGAAUUUUGUGGGAGUAUUUGCUUUUUAUUGGUAAGAGAUGUGUGUUAGUAUGACUUCAUGAUUGUAGUUUAAAUGCUGAUUAUUUUCAAUGGUAAAAGUGAAUAAGACUGAUUGCAAUAUUAGUCCUCCAGUUCUCUUGUAGUACUCACUCUUUGAAGUUAAAAUGGUUAAUAUGUAACUAGUAAUUUGCAAUAAUAUUCUUAAUAUAAUUCAUCAUAAUUUGUUUUGGGAGAGUUGUGAUCACAUUCAAUUAAGUGUGUAUUAAAUUAGGGUCAAGUGACUGGUUAUGUUAUAGAUGAUUGAUUGUACAAAAUUGUAUGAUUUUUACAUGCCUAAAAAAUAUAAAAUUCUCUGAAAAUAUUUGCAGAAUGAAAGAGAAAUCAUAUACUUAUACUAUUAUUUUCCAUUUAAAGGGAAAGGAAAUAUUCUAUCAUUUCUCUGUGCAAAAGUCAUGUGAACUUGACAGCAAAAUAAUUUCUCACACACAUACUCAUUUUUUAAUGAUGUAUACAAAUUCACCAAUUUCUAAAAUUUAAUAUGUUUUACUUGCAGCUGUUUACAUGGAUAUUAUUGCUUGAUAAUUGGAUCUGUGUAAAAAUGAGCAUUGGUGUGGUUAAACGAGUAUAGAAAUAGGUGUAUGUUAACUUAUUUCUUCAUGAGAGGGAAAGAAAGGAAAUUUAUCAGUUUUCACUGAUCAAAUGAUGUUGCAAUAUGGAUUGUUUGCAUUAAUAGUAAAUAUUGUUCAUGGAGUUUUUUUCAUUUGAGGAUCCAGUUAAAUGUGAUUUAGUUAUUCAAACUACAAACAGAUUUUGUAAAUAUAAAAACAUGAAAAAUAAAUCUUCGAAUUAUUGUAAUAGAUAUAUAAGUAGCUGUGAAUUCCAGACCUGAACUAAAUAAAUUUUAUUUCUGUUUGUUUGGGAUGUUGAAUUUUAAACAUUGAAGUAUACUUUUAAUGGAUUGUUGUUCUAUUUUCAAAUUGAUAUUUAUUUUAAAUUUGAAACUGUUGUAGAUGAAGUAAUUUAUAAGAUAAAGCAGUCCUACAAAGAAAGUUGAAAGUAGCCUCGGAAAAGCAGUGGUGGAGUCCUUAAACUGAUGUUAUAAGGGUUUAUAAAGUCAGUAUCUAAGAAUGAUCCUCCUGGCAUGGUUUUGACUCUGGAAAUCGGAUUGAAUCAACAUGAACAUUUUUUUGAAGAGUUUAAUCCUUGCCAAAUGGCAUGAAUUGAUUGUGAUACAUACAAUGGCUGCUGGUAGACAAUGUUCAGAAAUGCUUUAGAGAGUUUGAGAGUAGAAAAUUGUCUGUGGUACAAAUAAAAUAUUAAACAUUAUGAUUGUUGCCAUUCUGCAUCAAAAUAUUAAGUUAACUUCUGAUUGUGUCAACACGAAAAGAUUUUGGAGAUUUGAACCCUUGCAUGACCUAUGUGAAUUGAUUGGGAUACAUUAAAUGACUGCUGGUUAACUAUAUUCAGGAAUCAGAAAUGUAUUAGAAGUGUGAGAGUAGAAAAAUGUUAGUGGAACAACAUACUAUUGAACAUUAUUAUUGUUGCCAUUCUUCAUCAGUACAUUAUGUUUAUUAGCUUGGCUGAUGUCAUUGUGCUGUGAGGCCCCUCAAGAAUCUUUUACAAAAGAAUGCUCGUUCAUAUUUAAACAAAACUGAUAUCAUGCUGUAUCAGUUCACAAAGUAAAUCCAUUUCUUUUCAAACAACACUUAUUCUGCUGUUUCAGGUUUUAUUAUUUAUGCUAAUUAUUAUGAUUUUGUCGUGAAUUUCCUUGAAUUAAUUGUAGGAAAGGAAUUGUGUCUAAUUUGUUUUGUAAAAAGUAAAAUGAUAAAUAUUUGAGACGAUACAAGAACUAAAUGUGUUUUGGUUUUACUCACAUUAUUUUAAAAUCAUUAUCUGAAGGUGAAGUAGAAUUCCUUUACUGAUUUGAAGUAUCAGUGAUUAACUAAAGGUUUGUAUAUAAGUGUUUUACAUAAUUUUUUAUUUAUAUAGGUCUUCCAGGGUUUUCACACCCUAAUUGCAUAAAACAGUAUUUUGGUACAGAAAUGUGUUGAUUUGAUGUGCCCAAGUAUCAUUUACUUAUUAUACCAAAUUAAUUGGGAAAGUUUGUCUCCUGAGUUAUUACAAACAAUUGCACUAAUGUGAAUUAUGGUGUGGUGAGAAAAGCUGAUAAAGACAAAGUAAGUGGGAAGUGUGAAAUGAAUGGAUACAGUUAUUUGUCAUAAGUAAGAACACCAUUUUAAAAAGUCUGUAAAUAUAACUUCUUUUUUAUGCCUUUGUAUUUAAAUGUUACAACAAAUAUGUGCUUGUGACUGUAUUGUAUGUGAUGAAUGUUUCUUAUAUGUAUUGUCUUCCAUUGACCACAACACUCCAAGUAGUCAGUAAAUACAUAAACUCAUUGAUUAAUCUGUUAUCCUUUGGACACAUUGUCUCCUCAGAUGUAGAUUUUACUGUAGUAUAUUUUUAUAAAUUGAGAAAUAUCCAUGAAUUCCAUUUGUGGUAUUUAGUGUAAUUUAUGUACCAUUUUAGUAUUUUUAAAAUGGUGUUAUGUAUAUGUCAUCCUGAAAACUGUAGUUCAAUGAAAGUAGCUGAAGAUUACAUAUGAUUAUUGUGGCUACUGUAGAACAACAAAAUGCAACGAACCAUCAAAUGUCGAUUGUUUUUUCAUCUUCAAGAAUUCCUUACAACUUUGAAUCUUUUGUUAUUAUGCAAAAUAUUAGAAAUAUUCAUUUCUUUUAAAAUUCAAAAUGUGGCCCUUUUGGUUAUUUAGAAGUAAUGUAUCUUAUCCCAAAUUAAUUUACUAAGGAAUAACAUUAACCUUGUGUAUAUAUGUAACAAACAUACAUACAGUAAUGUGUAGAUGUACUUCUCUUUCUUAAUAGAAGUUUACAUUUUAGGGCCCUUACCAAUAAUUUUAGGAUGAUAAGUUUCUUGAUGAUGUAAAGUCCAUUUGGAAAGUAGUGUUGGUUUUCAGAAGAUAAGACAUAGGAGCUUGCAAAAAGCGGACUGAAAGUUAUGAUAUUAGUCUGGAAUAGACCUUAACAGGAUUCCUUUAGAUAGAUGUUAAGAUACUAAUCCUAUAUAACUGAAAAUCUUUUUGACUUGAAAACUUUCAAAUUCAUGUCUGUAGUGAUUCAAUAUCUUGUUCAGUUAUUUGAAGUGUGAUGUAAUUUUUAAUACUUUCAUGUGGAUUAUUAAUGAUAAUCAUAUGGAAAGUAGGCAUUAAUGAAAUGUGGGCUGGAUCCCAUAAAUUAAUAUUUAGUAUUUUAGUUUUUAUUAACUUUUAAAAAGAAGUCUCUCAAAUUAUGUAUAAUAGUGAAUUUUGUUAUUUCAUUGCAAAUACGAGUUACAAAAACUGUUUGAUUACUUUUUUGUAAUUGAAGAGAUCUUCAGUGUUUCUGGGUUACUUUCAUAGCUGUUUUUUUCCUACCUCCACCUAAAUAUAAAAAAAGUGGUACUUUUUUAGGGUCAGGUUAUCUAAAGUAUUAAAAAAUAUUGAUAUUUAGUCACGAAAUUGCAAGCAGGACGUGAAAGGAGACUUAAGUUUACUCUAUCAAUUGUGUAAAAUUUACUUUGUCGUAUCGAGAGUGAUGAGUCAUUAAAAUUCAAGUUAUGUUGGAAAAAAUAUUUUAACAAAAUAAAUUUAUUAUUUGUCAUUGCUAUAAUUUGUUAAAGAAUUUUUUUAAGGUCUUAAAAAAGAGACUUUGAGAAUAGGCUUGUAAUGUUUGAAUUUGAAGAUUCCAAUAAGAAUGCUACAAUAAUAAAUAAUAUGCAUUUGUUGUUCUACAGUAUAGAGUAAAUAUGUUGGUUUAAUUGAUUAUUUAAAAUGUGAUAAUCUAUACUACUUUGCACACUGGGACAAGAAAUGCCACUACAAAAUAAUUACAUUAGGUCUUAUUUUAAAGAAAAUGGUGUGCUCUAAAAUGUUUGUAAUGGGCUUUCUUGUUGAAUAGACUGUGAGGCAAGAAUGGCUGUGCUUUUGCUAUGUCUUCUAUAGUUUGGAAACAGAUGUACUUAGUUGAAUUAGGGCCAACCUGAAGUAAUUUCUUACACCUUGUUUGCAGGUUUUUUAUGUCUAAUUCUUAUUGCUUUGUUUUAUUACCCAAUUUUAUCUUCAGCAGGGUUGUCUUGUGACAUUGGUGUAAUUCCUCUUGACAAAUGUAGAGGAAAUACAUCUAUGUUAGCUAUGGUUCCUUAUUGUUCAAGUAAGAAGCAUUGUUAAGUUUUCUGAAAAUUUAUGUGUGUAUAUACAUAUUUAUAUCAGUUUGAAUUAUGUGAAGUGAAAAUGCACCUUUCCAGUUUCCAAAUAAAAGUUAUAUUUACAUAUGGUUCUUUUAUUUUGUAUAUUCACCUUGGAUUAUAUAUAUUUUUUAAAUGUCCA